AUGUCUGGGCUAGCUGCGCUGUGGAGACGAGCAAUCUGCCAGAGAUGCUGGAAGUUAAGACAUCCUCCUUUACGCCCCUUGUCCUCGUUGAUGGGUGAAACAGACCGCUUCAAUGGAAUCACAGUGGAUGUAAAGCAGGUGCCUGAAUCUUUACCAGACAAAGAUUUUCUUGAUUUGUUACACAAUUCCCUUCAGAUAUGGAAAACAGAGAAAAUCACUGCGGCAUGGUUAAAAGUUCCCAUUCAGUACGGAAGAUUUAUACCUAUUGCUGCUAGACUUGGCUUCCAAUUCCAUCAUGCUGAGGGAAACAGCUGCCAUCUGAAGCUAUGGAUGAAGGAAAGUAGUGAAGAUAAAACUCCACGCUUUGCCACACAUCAGGUUGGAGUAGCAGGAUUUGUGUUCCGCGAAGAUACCCAGUCAGUUUUGGUAGUGAAGGAUAGAGACAGAAAAUUUUCCUUCUGGAAGUUUGCUGGUGGAUUGUCCGAGUUAGGUGAAGAUAUAGGUGAUACAGCUGUGAGAGAGGUAUUUGAAGAGACCGGGGUAAAAACAGAGUUCCAGUCAGUGUUGUCAGUCCGACAACAACACACCCAGCCAGGGGCCUUUGGGCGCUCAGAUUUUUUCUUCAUCUGUCGUUUGACACCCUUGUCAUAUGAUAUCAAACCUUGUAGUGAAGAAAUAAGUGCAUGUCAGUGGAUGAAUAUUCAUGAGCUGCAUGAGGGCUGUAAAUCGGUGGCCCCUAUCACAAGACGAAUCCUGGACCUGGCUAUGUAUGGUCUGAAGGAAGGCUUUCAUAAUGUGGAUUUAUAUGCUGUAGACAUGCAGUCUGUUUAUAAAGGCCUUCGGUACAAGUUAUAUCAUAGGCCUUACCCAAGUUAGCUAAAUACCAAAGUUUCAGUCAAAUUUGAGAAAAGAUUCUACAUUCUGUCUAUACCAUGCAGUUAUUAUAUGUGGUGAUAUAUUUAUUUAUACGGCAACUGGCACCGCCAUCGCUGGAAUACACAACUAUUUUGCUGUAUUCAGCAGUGACAGAAAACAGUUGUAUUUUAGCAUUUGCGGUAAUUUGUCAGAGUUAAUUUCAGAGUGUACAUUAAAAUUACAUUUAAUAAUAUUU